AUGUACUGGAUCCCACGACUACGACAACAAGUGGAAAAACGAGUACGCCAGUGCAUACCCUGCCAGAAGAUGAAUAAUCUUAUAUACAAAUAUCCUGAAAUGACGGACCUCCCAGCAAAUCGUGUGAUACGCGUAGGCACGUUCCAACAUAUAGGCUUAGACUACUAUGGCCCGAUGAAAGUAUUUAGAGAAGACAUGGUUAAAACUAAUGUAUAUGGAUGCAUAUUCACAUGUGCUGUCACAAGGUUGAUUCACCUCGAGCUCGUACCUGAUGGAACAGCCGAGAAGUUUAUCAAUGCCUUCCGACGCUUCGUUGCUAGGCGAGGUAAACCGGAUACAGUAACCUGUGACAAUGCACCCACGUUUCUCCUGGGAAACCAGGUUCUGAAUCAAAGCCUUGAAGCUACAGGAGAACAGUUGAUGAACUGA